UAUCGACUGGGUUGAACAGGUGAAAACAGUUUUACACGUCGCACUGGAAUUUAAUCACUUAGACUGGACUGAUCACAGUUUAUUAGAUCUGAAGUGAUAUUGGAGGAAAUCAUCUGUAAUCUAAAUUAGAUGUAAUGUCGACCUAAAAAGGAAUGCCCUUUCGCAUACCUAUUCGUAUGAUACUAAAAAGAAGAAUGCUAGGCGUAUGUGCUGUAGUGAUUUUAAUUUUGAUUGGUGUGUACCAGGCCUUGCCAUCAGCAGCAAAUACCAGGUUUGGACGCAGCUUGAAUAAUGAGCAGGAGACAGAGAAACUUAAAGAGUUAGAAGGCAAGAUCCGAUCUCUGGAGCUUGGAAAAAAAACUUAUCCAGAGGUCAAAUUUCUUACAUACAAAGAUAGGAAAAGAAUUUUGAUAACUGGAGGGGCUGGUUUUGUUGGCUCCCACCUAGUUGACCGUCUGAUGAUGCAGGGUCAUGAGGUCACGGUGGUGGACAACUUCUUCACUGGGCGCAAGAGAAAUGUCGAGCAUUGGAUUGGUCAUGAAAAUUUUGAACUUCUCCAUCAUGACAUUGUGAACCCACUUUAUAUUGAAGUGGACCAGAUUUACCAUUUAGCAUCACCAGCCUCACCCCCCAACUAUAUGUACAACCCUAUCAAGACCUUAAAAACCAAUACAUUGGGAACCAUCAACAUGUUAGGUUUAGCAAAGAGGGUGAGAGCUAGACUUCUGCUUGCAUCAACUUCUGAAGUGUAUGGUGAUCCAGAGCUCCACCCACAGAAUGAGGACUACUGGGGGCAUGUCAAUCCCAUAGGCCCUCGGGCUUGCUAUGAUGAAGGCAAGAGAGUUGCUGAAACAAUGUGUUAUGCGUAUGAGAAACAGGAAAACAUUGAGGUGAGAGUGGCCCGAAUCUUCAACACGUUUGGUCCCAGGAUGCAUAUGAAUGACGGCCGUGUUGUCAGCAACUUUAUCCUGCAAGCUCUGCAGAAUGAGUCUAUUACAGUUUAUGGCGAGGGUGAACAAACCAGGUCAUUUCAGUAUGUGAGUGACCUUGUGGACGGCCUGAUGGCGCUGAUGAAUUCCAACUAUUCUCUGCCAAUCAAUCUAGGCAACCCAGAGGAACACACCAUCAUGGAGUUUGCUAGAAUUAUCCAGUCUUUAGUAGGUGGUGAUAGUAAAGUUAUAAAGAAAACAGCAAUGGAAGAUGAUCCACAAAGAAGGAAGCCUGAUAUAACUAGAGCUAUGAAAUUCCUGGGCUGGCGUCCUAAGGUUCCUCUUAUGGUGGGUCUCAAUAAAACAAUUGAAUAUUUCCAAAACGAACUGCGACGAUCACGCCACAGUGAGAGGAACUUUCAUAUGCCAGAUACAUUGCAGUUUUAAAUCUUGUAUUGUGAUUGGUUUAUUUUGGAUGAUUGAAAUGAGCCUACUACAGUUUCGUGCUUCUUGUGGUGUUAUGUUUGUGCUGUCUGACAUUACGUGUAUUGAUUAUGUUUAAUUUAUUCAAACCAAAUAGUUGUGAUCACACAGUGAUUGAAUUAAGCCUUACAUUUUGUGUAUAGCUACAGGAGAACAACAUUGCAAUACUGUUGAACUUACAACAUUCAUAUAUUUUUUAGACUAUUUUUACAUGCAACAUUCUGUUCAUUCAGUUUAUUUGUUAAUUUUUAGUUACGUAGGUUUUUUAUUUUGAUUACACUUUUUAUGAUAAACUUGAAAUGAACUUGCUGCAUAGUCAAAAAGUCUAUUCUUUUUCACCCUAUUCAUUUAUGGAUGAAUUUUUUUAUAAAGCUCAUGUAAUACAACACAUGUGUAAAUGAUGAUUGAAUUGUAGCUUCAAAUGUAGAAUGUUUCAUACAAACUGCUGGCUCUAAUGUGUAAUAAUAUCAACUGUGAUUUUAUGUGUGUGAGAUAAAUGCAUUUUAUGUGUGCACAAGCGAGGAAAGUUGAUUAGAACUACAACAGAGUGCUAUUUAAAAUAUUUUGAUACAUCUUAAAUUAUACUGAGAAGUUUAAGCAGAAAAUUGAAAUUUUCUUUCAACUACAGCAUGUGUGCAUAAUGAUUUUAAUUUGCUCAACAGCUGUUCAUUUUGUUGAAGAAUGCUGCUGCUUCAUGUAAUUGUAAAAUUUGUGAUUUUGUUUUCCAUCUGUUCUGGUUAUCAAAAAGACUUUUUUUUUUUAGUUGAGUCCUAAUAGUCCCAGUAAAAAAAAACUUUGUAGUGCUUAAAUUAUCUAGUUGACAUAUCACAACACAUACAAUGAAAAGGUUUGUGUAAUGCUAAGAUAGAUCCUGCAGCUUCCAAUAUAGAAACGGGUAUAAAUUAACUGCAUCGGUGAAGAAAUCCUUACAAAUGUUUUUAUGGACCAUUUUGAUCCCUUAUUUAUCUCUUUUAAAAUUAAUUAGUGUUGAGUAAAUAGAUAUUUUUUUAUUGUAAAUUGAAAAAGUUAAUAGUUGCACAUAUUUAUAGUUGUUUUUCUUUGUAAUGGCAAAAAUGAAUAUGGUAGCUAUUUUUGUUUUUUGUUGAUACCAUGAAAAGGCUAUUGUGAUUGUUUUACUCUGCUUCUACUGUCUGUACUGCUAAUAACGCAUGUGAACUAGCCAGAAUCAAGUUCUGUAAACUUUAUCAUAUGGAUUGAGUUUGGCUGGAAUAGCUUGUUCUUGAAUAAUGAAAGAAUAGUAAUCAAAGUUUUUUUUAUACAAUUUUUUUUUUAAAUUUCAUCUUCUCAUUUUAAAUAUGAUUUAAAAAAGUUAAGUUUGUAUUGAACAACUUCAACAGCUUCAUCCUAUUAUUGAGUUUGUUAAAUCCAUUUUUUUGCCAGUAGUAGAUGUUAAAUGCUCUACUUAUCUCACAUACUUACUACCUUGCCUUGAAAGGUGCAUCACCUGGCAACCUCUAUCUGAUUUUGUUGGUUCUUCACUUUGUUCUGACUUUCUCUGUGAUGCAUCUCUAGAUAUGUUUUUGUUUCUCUCCCUUGAAAUUUGUCUCUUAUGUAGAGAAGAUAGAUUUGUCACCACUAGUUUCAUUCAUUGGUUUCAUUCAGUCCCCCAGCCUUCAUUAGCCUUGUCUAAUUUUUUACUGUCUCAGAGGUUGUAUGUCUGUUGUUCAGUUAAAGAUUUACUUGAAUUAUCUUCUAAUAACACUUUUCAUAAUUUUUUAAAAAGUGAUGUAAAAUGAAAACUCCAGGAAAUUUUUUAAUCACCUUCAAUUUAAAUAAAUAUUUUCAUUGUUAGAAAAUCUGUCACAAAUUUUUGUCCAAACCACCUAUAAUUCAUCUUAAUCGAGUUUUAGAUAGAGAGCUCUAGAGUAAAAUUUCAACCCAUGCCAAAUUUGGUUUCCUAGUCAUCAUGUCGUAAGAUAAGUAACAAAUAAAAUCUACAGAUACAUUUAAAAAUUUAUGUGUAGCAAUUUGAUGCUCAUUCUGAAUUCUCUGCAUUUUCAUUUUUUACUUAAUUUUUGUUUUUCUAUGUAUAAAAUGUUCUUGUAUAUGCUUCCUACUUUAAUAUUGGAAGUGUGACCUGCAAAUUUUGAAAUUUAAGUUAACAGGAUAGUUGUAUAUGUAUAACGUUUUCAAUUCAUUCCAAGCAUACAAAUUUCUUAAUUUUAAAAAUAUUUUAACAAUUCUUUUCUGGUACUUUUUGUUAACUUGGAAAAAUUGCUUUUUGUUUUAGAAGUGAUUGGAUUGUUUGACUUUUGCUGUAACUAAUUAUUAAUACUUUUUUAAAAUCGUUGUUAAAAAUUUACAAAACUAAUUGUAUACACUUUACUCUUUUGUACUGCCAAAAAAUAUAUUUACUUCUGUGAAAUAUAAUUUUAUUAACAGGAAUAAUCUGAUUUUUUCCCCCCCCCCAGACUUUCUAUUUGCUUCAGUAAUUGGUUUAGCUUCCUAAGAGAGCUAAUUUUUUUUAAGCUAAAUAUAGGACAAAUAUUUGAUAAUUAUUUAUUGAUGAAAAAUAUUUUCUUAGCAAUAUUAUUAUAUUGUGUACCUGUCAUUAUAAAACCAGAUGAUUCACAAUGUAGUGAUGAAAUGUUAAUGUAAACUUUUUUUAUACAUGUACUGAAUGUUUAGUGAUAAUUGCUCCCCGUAUUCUAAAAAAAAAUUGACAUUUUUUUGGUUAAUGUUACUUUACCACAGAUUAUACACACAUUAUAUGACAUAAGCAUAGACAUUUUUUAUUACAUCUUACAAAAUACUUUUAUGCUUGCCAAAAAAAAACCUCAUUUAGGUUACGUUAAAGUUUUAUAUUCUACUUUAAUGCAAAACUUUGAGGUUAUCUGUUUAAACCUAAGGACGAACAAUAAAUGCACCAUUUUGGUUAAGUCACACAUUUAAAUUCUGCUUAUGUUGGAAACAUUUCAAAAGCUGAAUUUGUUGAAGAAGAAGAAAAAAAGAAUCAAAAGUGGUGUUUAACUCCACCCAUACCCAACAUAUCAUAAAAUAAAUCACCCUCUCCCCCAUACUUGUCCUAUAGUAAGUGCAUGAUCUUUUAGUUUAAACUGUUUAAUAGUCAAUGAUUUAUUUGCAACUUCUUACCAAUAUGAUAGGAGAUUGUGCUAGUAUUAAUGUGAGUACAAAUGUAAAGUUUAGUUGAGGUACAUUCCUUUUAAUUUUGUAUUUUAAGUUUGAACCCUGAUCCCAUGUAAUACGUAAAGGUAAUUGGUUGUUCAUUUUCUCUCAAGUUUUUGUCAGCCCUGAGAGAAUGUUCAAGAAUUUACAAACUCGUAGUUUGUGACAAACUCGUAGUUUGUAUGUGUAACUGUCAUUGUUUGACUGAGAAUUUUUAGUUUUUUUCACAGUAGUUCAGCUAAAAUAAUUUUGAGACAGAUCCUGAAACAGAAUUUACAUUAAAUAAAAUUCCAGAUGUUUUAUUCUACAAUGCAACAACAGUUUAAGGUGACUGUUUGUGAUAAUCUUUAUUGACUGCAUUCCAGAAGACUAUAGUAAAAAAUACUAUAACUCCCCAUCUCCUUAAUGCUUACAAAAAAUUGUGAAGAUAUGGAGUGCAUAUCAGUCUUAAAAUUUGUGAAUCAAUAGAAAUUGUAAAAUGUGUGAUUUCAUGUUGCAAUUAAAAUGUUUUUUUUUUAUUAUUAAUUAAUCUUUGUAGAUUGCUUUUUAAGAAUAUUUUAACUGUUUUGGCAAUGUUCAAUUUUUAAUUUUUAUCCUUUUAUUUCUUCAUCAAAUGGAAUGGUUAGUUUUUGUAUCACUGUUCAUUCACCAUGUUAGAAAUUACCAAUUUGUUAUGUAAAUAAUAUCAGAAUACAUUUU